CGGCGGCCGAGCCGAGUCGGAGCGUCCUCGGGCCGCGCGGGGCGGAGUCUCGGGCGGCCCGGGCCUGUCUCCGUCACCUGGCCUGGGUCCGAGUGUCCCUCCCCGUGCCCUUGAGGGCGCCCUGCCCUCCCCGGGCUGCCGCUCGGCCCGGCGUUCCCGCUGUGGCCGGCUCCCGCUCCCGCCGCCGCACGUCUGUCCCGCUCGGCUAACUUAUUCCGCUUUGGAUUCCUUUUAAUUCUACGGAAAGAGUUCAAAUCCUCCGGCAGCCAAAAUGGAACACAGUAGACAGAUUCGAAUUUUACUACUGAACGACAUGGAAAAGCUAGAGAAGACCCUCUACAGACUUGAACAAGGGUUUGAACUACAGUUCCGAUUAGGCCCAACUUUACAAGGGAAAGCUGUUACUGUGUAUACAAAUUACCCAUUUCCUGGAGAAGCAUUUAAUCGAGAAAAAUUCCGUUCCUUGGAUUGGGAAAACCCAACAGAAAGAGAAGAUGAUUCUGAUAAAUACUGUAAGCUUCAUCUGCAGCAGUCUGGAUCUUUUCAGUACUACUUCCUUCAAGGAAGUGAGAAAAGUGGAGGAGGUUACAUAGUUGUGGAUCCUGUUUUACGUGUUGGAGCUGAUAACCACGUGUUACCCCUGGACUGUGUUACUCUCCAGACAUAUUUAGCAAAGUGUUUAGGACCCUUUGAUGAGUGGGAAAGCCGACUAAAGGUUGCAAAGGAAUCAGGUUACAACAUGAUUCACUUCACCCCACUGCAGACUCUUGGACUGUCUAGGUCAUGCUACUCCCUUGCUGACCAGCUAGAAUUAAAUCCUGACUUUUCAAGACCUAAUAAAAGAUAUUCCUGGAAUGAUGUUGGGCAGCUAGUAGACAAACUGAAAAAGGAGUGGAAUAUUCUUUGUAUUACGGAUGUUGUCUACAAUCAUACUGCUACUAACAGUAAGUGGAUCCACGAACAUCCAGAAUCUGCAUAUAAUCUUGUUAAUUCUCCACACUUGAAACCUGCCUGGGUCCUGGACAGAGCACUUUGGCAUUUCUCCUGUGAUGUGGCAGAUGGGAAGUACAGAGAAAAAGGAGUCCCUGCUUUGAUUGAAAAUGAUCAACACAUGAAUGGCAUUCGGAAAAUAAUUUGGGAGGACAUUUUCCCAAGGAUUCAGCUGUGGGAGUUUUUCCAAGUAGACGUUCACAAAACAGUUGAACAAUUUAGAACACUUCUCAUUCAAGAAAACAGGAGAGUGACUAAAUCUGAUCCAAAGGAACAUCUUAAAAUUAUUCAGGACCCUGAAUACAGACGGCUCGGCUGUGCUGUUGAUAUGAGCCUCGCACUGGUGACUUUCGUACCACAUGACACUGGGCCAGCUGCACUUGAAGAGUGCUGUAACUCGUUCCGGAAGAGACUUGAGGAGUUGAAUGCAGAGAAGCACCACCUCACCAGCUGCCACCAGGAACAGGCCGUCAAUUGUCUCUUGGGAAACGUGUUUUAUGAACGACUGGCUGGCCAUGGCCCUAAACUAGGACCCGUCACUAGAAAACAUCCUUUAGUUACCAGGUAUUUUACUUUCCCCUUUGAAGAAAUGGCCUUAUCCACAGAAGAGUCCAUGAUGCACCUCCCAGAUAAAGCUUGCUUCCUGAUGGCACACAAUGGAUGGGUGAUGGGCGAUGAUCCCCUUCGCAACUUCGCUGAGCCAGGCUCAGAGGUUUAUUUAAGGAGAGAAUUGAUUUGCUGGGGUGACAGUGUUAAAUUGCGCUAUGGGAAUAAGCCAGAGGACUGUCCUUAUCUGUGGGCACACAUGAAGAAAUACACUGAGAUAACUGCCACUUACUUCCAGGGAGUGCGUCUUGACAACUGCCACUCCACACCUCUUCACGUGGCUGAGUACAUGCUGGAUGCUGCUAGAAAAUUACAGCCCAAUCUUUAUGUAGUGGCUGAGCUGUUCACAGGAAGCGAAGAGCUGGACAAUAUCUUUGUUACUAGACUGGGCAUCAGUUCCUUAAUAAGAGAGGCCAUGAGCGCGUAUAACAGUCAUGAGGAGGGCAGAUUAGUUUACCGAUACGGAGGGGAACCUGUCGGAUCCUUUGUGCAGCCCUCUUUGAGGCCUCUGAUGCCAGCUAUUGCGCAUGCCCUGUUUAUGGACAUUACCCACGACAAUGAGUGUCCAAUUGUGCACAGAUCAGCCUACGAUGCUCUUCCAAGUACCACGAUUGUCUCCAUGGCGUGUUGUGCUAGUGGAAGUACAAGAGGCUAUGAUGAGCUAGUGCCCCAUCAGAUCUCAGUGGUUGCUGAAGAACGAUUUUAUACUAAAUGGAAUGCUGGGGCGUCGCCGUCAAAUGCAGGAGAUGUUAAUGUCCAGAGUGGGAUCAUUGCAGCCAGAUGUGCCAUCAAUAGACUCCAUCAAGAGCUGGGAGCCAAGGGUUUCAUUCAAGUGUACGUGGACCAAGUGGACGAAGACAUAGUGGCGGUCACAAGGCACUCACCGAGCAUCCACCAGUCGGUUGUCGCUGUGUCCAGGACUGCUUUUAGGAAUCCCAAGACGUCAUUUUACAGCAAAGAAGUGCCUCAAAUGUGCAUCCCUGGCAAAAUUGAAGAAGUAGUUCUUGAAGCUAGAACAGUUGAGAGGAAUACAAAACCGUAUAAAAAAGAUGAGAGUUCAAUCAAUGGGAUGCCGAAUGUGACCGUGGAAUUCAGAGAGCACAUCCAGCUUCAUGAAAGUAAAAUUGUCAAACAAGCUGGAGUUUCUACAAAGGGUCCCAAUGAAUAUAUUCAGGAAAUAGAAUUUGAAAAUCUAUCACCAGGAAGUGUUAUCAUAUUCAGAGUUAGUCUUGAUCCACAUGCUCAAGUCGCUGUCGGAAUUCUUCGAAAUCACCUGACCCAGUUCAGCUCUCUAUUUAAAUCUGGAAGCCUUGCUGUUGACAACUCAAAUCCUAUAUUAAAAACCCCCUUCGCUUCCAUUGCCUCUAAAUUGACUUUGGCUGAGCUAAAUCAGGUGCUUUACCGAUGUGAAUCAGAAGAACAGGAAGAUGGUGGAGGAUGUUAUAACAUACCAAACUGGUCAUCCCUUAAGUAUGCAGGACUUCAAGGAUUAAUGUCCGUGUUGGCAGAAAUAAGACCAAAGAAUGACUUGGGGCAUCCGUUCUGUGAAAAUUUGAGGUCUGGAGAUUGGAUGAUUGACUAUGUCAGUGGCCGGCUUAUUUCACGAUCAGGAAAUAUUGCUGAAGUUGGUAAAUGGUUGCAGGCUAUGUUCUUCUACCUGAAGCAGAUUCCACGAUACCUUAUCCCCUGUUACUUUGAUGCUAUAUUAAUUGGUGCAUACACCACUCUGCUGGAUGUAGCAUGGAAGCAGAUGUCAAGCUUUGUUCGGAACGGUUCGACCUUCGUGAAACACCUUUCCCUGGGUUCCGUCCAGAUGUGUGGAGUGGGGAAGUGCCCUUGUCUGCCUCUUCUGUCUCCCGCGCUCCCGGAUGUGCCCUACAGGCUAAACGAGAUCACGAAGGAGAAGGAGCAGUGCUGUGUCUCCUUGGCUGCAGGCUUGCCUCACUUCUCUUCCGGCCUUUUCCGCUGCUGGGGGAGGGACACUUUCAUCUCAUUCCGAGGGCUGCUGCUGCUUACCGGACGCUACGUAGAAGCCCGGAAUAUUAUUUUAUCAUUUGCUGGUACCCUGAGGCACGGUCUUAUUCCUAACCUCCUGGGUGAAGGAACCUAUGCCAGGUACAACUGUCGGGAUGCCGUGUGGUGGUGGCUGCAGUGUAUUCAGGACUAUUGUAAUAUGGUUCCAAAUGGUCUAGACAUCCUCAAAUGCCCAGUUUCCAGAAUGUAUCCAACGGACGAUUCUGCACCUUUGCCUGCUGGGACACUGGAUCAACCAUUGUUUGAAGUAAUACAGGAAGCUAUGCAAAGGCACAUGCAGGGCAUUCAGUUCCGAGAGAGGAAUGCUGGUCCACAGAUAGACCGGAACAUGAAAGAUGAGGGUUUCAAUAUAACUGCAGGGGUUGAUGAGGAAACGGGAUUUGUCUAUGGAGGAAAUCGCUUCAACUGUGGCACAUGGAUGGAUAAAAUGGGAGAAAGUGACCGAGCUAGAAACAGAGGAAUCCCAGCCACCCCAAGAGACGGGUCUGCUGUGGAAAUCGUGGGCAUGUGUAAAUCUGCUGUUCGCUGGUUGCUGGAAUUGUCCAGGAGAAAUAUUUUCCCUUAUAAUGAAGUGAGAGUGAGAAGACAUGGAAAAAUUGUAACAGUCUCAUAUGAUGAGUGGAACAGAAAAAUACAGAACAGCUUUGAAAAGCUGUUUCAUGUUUCUGAAGACCCUUCAGACCCUAAUGAGAAGCAUCCGAAUCUGGUUCACAAACGUGGCAUCUACAAGGACAGCUAUGGAGCAUCAAGUCCUUGGUGUGACUAUCAGCUCAGGCCUAAUUUUACCAUAGCAAUGGUCGUGGCCCCUGAGCUCUUUACUGCUGAAAAAGCUUGGAAGGCUUUGGAAAUUGCAGAAAAAAAAUUGCUUGGUCCCCUUGGCAUGAAAACUUUAGAUCCAGAUGAUCUGGUUUACUGUGGAGUUUAUGAUAAUGACCUAGACAAUGACAACUACAAUCUCGCUAAAGGUUUCAAUUACCACCAAGGACCUGAGUGGCUGUGGCCUAUUGGGUAUUUUCUUCGUGCAAAGUUGUAUUUUUCCAAAUUGAUGGGCCCAGAGAUUGCUGCGAAGACUGUAUUUUUGGUUAAAAAUGUCCUUUCCAGACAUUAUGUUCAUCUUGAGAGAUCCCCAUGGAAAGGACUUCCAGAACUCACCAAUGAGAAUGGCCAGUACUGUCCUUUCAGCUGUGAAACACAAGCAUGGUCUAUGGCCACUGCUCUUGAGACCAUCUAUGAUUUAUAGUUGGCUCAUAGAUAUGUAGAAAGUGUGUGAACACUUGAUAUGAAUGCAAUCUCAUAUGAAAUAGAGGCUCAACUCAUUUUAAAAAUCUCACUCAUAGCCAGGAGCUGGUGGUGCACGCCAUUAAUCCCAACAUUUGGGAGGUAGAGGCAGGUAGAUCUCUGUGAGUUCAAAGUCAGCCUGUUCUACAGAGCGAGAUCCAGGACAGCCAGGGCUACACAGAGAAACCCUGUCUCGAAAAACCAAAAAUCAAAACAAACGAACAAAAAAUUAGUGACUUUUAUUUUUCUCUUUUUGACUUUCUUAAAGAGUAUCAUGUGUGCCACCACACCCAGUGUUUGCAGUACUGGGACGACACCCAGGGCCUUAUGCUGUUAGGCAAGCACUCUACCAGCUGAGCUACAUCCCCUGCCUAUUUUUUUUUAACAUUGUUUUGAUUUGAAUCAAAGAAAAAUGGUCUAUAGAAGGUUACUGCUGUUGUGUUCAGAAAGAAUUCUUCAAAUCGGAGUGAAAAAAGAAAUCGUGCAUCAUCUUCAAUUUGUACGAGUGUGGAGUGGACAAACGGAGAAGUGCUCUUAAGUCCUGCUGUGUAUGGGCACUCUCCAUAGACUGUGUUUCACUAGUGGCUACCACUUGGUACGGCAUUCUCAAUGCCUUGCAUAAUGCAGUCAGUGCACAUUAGUAAUGCUUUAUGAAUGUAGAAGGAUGGAAGGAAUCUCCUGCAGUCUAUGUUCAUAAAUGGAGCACAGAGCUUCAAAAUGUGCUUUAUUUUUCACUGGUAAGUUACGUUUUCAAUAGAAUGAAUGCCAACUAUAGUUAACAUAGCAUAUUUACAUUAAAGAUUAAUUGGAUAUAUGAAACAGAGCAUUAGGACAUAAAACAGUGCUGUAAAAUUAGUCAUGACUCAUUCCAAUUUCCCAUUAUGAGAUAGUGUACAUUUUCAAAAUGGAAAUUACUGGGCAUAUUUAUGACAAUUUUACAGUGGAAAGAAAGCCUAGAGAUGAAGCUUAGUGGCAGAGUGUGUACCUAGCAUGUGUUAGAGCCCAGAAUUCUAUCCCCAAAGCCAUCAAGAGAGAAGGGAGGGAAGUAUGAAGGGGGAGGAGAGAGAGGAAGGAUUUAAAAUAUAGCCAUAUUAGCUUAUCUACAGUAGGGUCACGACCCACCUCAGAAAAUGCUUCAGCGGGGUAUAGUGCUCCUCUUGAGGAUUAUUAAUGAAAGAACAGUGCUGUGUGUUGCAUGGUCUAUGGAAGUCUCAGAAGGCAUCUUUGAUAUUAUCCCAGCCACAGGAAUUAAAGUGAUGCUUUUAGACUGUAAAAGGGUAAUUGCCAUUUGACUAAAGAGCACUUAGGUAGAACACUUCAUUCCUGCGGGAUGCUGCAGAAAGGGUUGUUUCUAUUUUACAUUUCACAAAUGGUCUGUGCCUUGGGUUUUCACUAAUCCAAAUCAAUCUUACGUACUAAAUGAAAAGUAAACUUACCCGUUUAACCAGUAUACUGUGACAUCUUAGUGAGUUUUCAGAGAUGACUGAGGAGACAUGAAGCCUAUCAUUUUGAUGAGUGUUGUCACCUGUGGUAAUAUUACUACUGUGUCUUCAGCUGCUCUGUCUAGUGAGCAAAUGUUUAUAUGUCUGUGUGUCAAAAUAAAAGUCUUUUCUAAAGGA